ACGCCUUCAGAGGAUGUUGUAUCUUUAUGUGUCUCUCUCAUUAAUCUUGCCAUGAAAUAUUACCCUGAUCGUGUGGACUAUGUUGAUAAAGUUCUAGAAACAACAGUGGAGAUAUUCAAUAAGCUCAACCUUGAACAUGUUGCUACCAGCAGUGCAGUUUCAAAGGAACUCACCAGACUUUUGAAAAUACCAGUUGACACUUACAACAAUAUUUUAACAGUCUUGAAAUUAAAACAUUUUCACCCACUCUUUGAGUACUUUGACUAUGAGUCCAGAAAGCGCAUGAGUUGUUAUGUGCUUAGUAAUGUUCUGGAUUAUAAUACAGAAAUUGUCUCUCAAGACCAGGUAAGAGAAUACCUCCAUGCUAUUUUAGGGAAACAGUGUUACAAUUUUAGACUAUGGACCUAGAUACCUGAGAUGGGAGGGUAGGGUAAUUCAAUACUAAAGAAAAUUUACAAGUAACUUAUUCAUUAUAUAAAUUAGAAAAUGGGAGAUGUAUAAAGAAUUAUAAAACAUUUAUAAUUCCACCAGAUAGAGAAUAACCACUGUAAAUUAACAUUUCGUACAUAUCUGUCCAGACUUUUGUCUGUAUAUGUGUGUAUGACAUACAUGUGUAUCGACUUUCUAUCCAAAAAAUGAAUAUCUUGUUGAUACUGUACUGUAACUUUAUAAGUGGAAACAUUUUUGACAGUGGCUUUAUAUGCCAAUGGUUUCCCAUCAGUGGGUUUCUUGCGCCUCGCAUGUUACAGGGGGAUUCCAUCAUGAAUUGGGUAUCCACAUUGAUUCAAGAUCAGCCAGAUCAGCCUGUAGAGGACCCUGAUCCAGGAGACUUU